UCUCAAUACUGAUAUUGAUCUCAUGCUGAGCUUUCUUAAUCAAUAGCCUUUAGUCCUCUUAGCUCAAUUUUCUUAAUGCAGAAUUUAUUGUAAAAUUUUUCCUUAUUACAUAAUUGUGAUGAUCUAAUACAUUGUUGUAAUUUCAACAAUGAAUAGCCAAAAGGUUUCAAGAUCAAAAGACAAAAUCAUUCUAUCAUUUUCGAAGAGCUUAUGUUGGUUGAACAUUGACACCAUAGAAAAAAAUAAUAGAUAUAAUCUCAGAGAUCGUUGGUGAUAAUUAUCACUAACAUGAAUGAUUAAAUGAUCCUAAUUAUGUGAGGGUUUUUUUUUUGUUCCGGCUCUCAUCGAAUUCUGUCAUUAUUUCAAUAUCUUUCUAUUAUAUUUAUAAGUACAUAUAUGCUUUAUUUAGAAUGAUGAUUCUUAUUCAAUUUGUGCAAGUAAUCAACAAUUAUUUUCUAGUCAAUGUGAAAUGGAUAUUCGUUCAUGUGAAUUACAAAUUCAUCUUUAUGCUAUUGCACCACAUUAUUGUAAUAAAGAUCGAGAUAAACCUGAAUAUACUCGUGAAUGUGGUUAUGAUGAACCAUUAGUUGAUACAAUAAUGAAUCGUAAUACUGAAUGUGACACUAUUGGACGUUGUCCAAUGAAUAGUUAUUGUAAUACGCAAACAAAUCGAUGUUGUGUUAAAAUUAUUACUGCUAUAUUACCUUAUCGAAUAUGUUCAACAGAUGAACAUUGUGGUAAAAAUAUGGUUUGUUUAAGUGGUCUUUGUGAAUGUAUACGUCAAGAUUUUGUACCAGCAAGAAAAAAACGAGAAUGCAUUGCUGUACCUUAUUUAUCUAUUGGUUCAACUUGUAUUGAUUCUCCAUAUGAAUGCUGUAAUGAUAGUGUUACUAUUUCACCUAGUUCAGAUCGACGUGGAUGUCCUGAAUUUUGUAAAUGUCAUUCAACUGGUUCAUUACAAGCUUCAUGUGAUCCAAUAACAGGUUCUUGUUAUUGUCGACCAGCUGUUGGUGGAUCUAGUUGUUCACAUUGUGAAAAUGAAUAUUGGGGAUUUUCUCGUAUAUUAUCACAUAAUAAUACAGGAUGUACUCCUUGUGGUUGUCAUCCAUAUGGUUCAACACGAAAAGAUUGUCUUCAAGAUACCGGUGAAUGUUCUUGUCAUUCAUUUGCAACAGGUCGUCAAUGUGAUAAAUGUAUUGAUCCAUCUUUAACAUUAACUGACCGUGGAUGUGUUAAUUUACGUACAGGCCGUCGUCGUCCACGAACAUGUCGAGAUUUAAUUUGUCUUUUUGAAGGUAUAUGUCAAAUAAUAAAAGGUCAACCUCGCUGUACAUGUCAUCAUGUUACAUGUACAAAUGAUGAACAACGUUCAAUGAAUAUAUGUGCAUCUGAUGGACGAACUUAUAAUUCAAAAUGUGCUAUUAAACGACAACAAUGUUUAAAACAAUAUGAAAUUGGUUUAAUUUAUCCAGGUGUUUGUACAGAUGGAUCAUCAACAGAAUAUUCUCAAUUGGAAGAAGAAAUUGAAUUACCAAUUGAAGAAAAUAUAUUUGAUUAUCCAUCACAAUUCGUAUCGGUUGAUUCAAAACGAUGUAUUACAAAUUCAGAUUGUGGUGAAAAUAUGGUUUGUUUAUCAGAAUUUUGUGAAUGUGCAAAACAAAAAUAUAAACGUAUACCAGGACCACGAUGUGUGGCGCCUCAUUCGAAUCUUUUACCAUCGAAUUAUACAUUAAAUCCUGUUCGUCGUACAACAAUGGGUGCUUGUGUACGACGAACACCCUGUGAAAAUCAAGCUACAUGUAUCGAUCGACCAGAUGGAAAUUAUAAAUGUUUAUGUGCUUUUGGUUGGCAAGGACGUCAUUGUAAUGAAAGAUUUGAUGUAACAAUUCCACAUUUUAAUCGUCAAUCAUAUUUUGAACUUAAAAUUCAUUUAUCACCAAAACAUAGUGAUAAUCAAUUAUUACGUAUUGAUCUUAUAUUUGCAUCUGAACAUCAUAAUGGUUUACUACUUUAUGCUGAUGAUAAAUUAACAGAAUUUUAUUUUAUUAUUUCCAUAAGAAAUAAAAUUCUUGAUAUAACUGUUCGUCUUGAUCAUUUUAUUUCAACAAUUCAAUUACCUGAUUUGAUUGAACUUGAUACAUAUGCUCGUUUACAAGUACAUAUUUUACAUAAUGAAAUACGUGCAAGAUUAAAUGAUGGAAAUAUUUCAUCAAGAUUAUUACCAUUUGGGAGUUCAUUUAAAAGUACAUUAUAUUUAGGAGGUUUACCUGAUUCUUUAAUUUCUCUUUAUCAACAAUUUCAUCUUGAUGAAGGUUUUCAAGGAUGUAUACAUGAAUUAUCAAUAAAUGAGCGACGAUUAACAUUCAAUAAUUCUGAACAUCAUAUUAUUCUUAGUGCACAAAAUAUUGAUGAAUGUAUUGCAAAUCCAUGUCGAUCCGGUAUAGCAUCGUGUCGAAAUGGAACUCAUUGUAUACCAAUAAGAAAUAAUGAUGCAAAUAGUUAUAAAUGUAUAUGUGAGGAUCAUAUAUCAUCAUUAAAUACUGAUUGUUUAAUAUCAUCAAUUGAUCGAUGUUCACUAAAACCAUGUGAUUAUGAUCAACAAUGUAUAAAUGUAUAUCCAAAUAAUUAUACAUGUAUUUGUAAAAAUUGUGCAUCAGAUAAUCAAUAUAUAGCUGCAUUUGAUCCAAAUAGUUAUAUAAAAAGGCCUCCUCUUGAACCAUUAGAACAUACAGGAAAAUUUUCAAUUGAAAUAUGGUUUCUUAGUGAAAGUUCAUCAGGUUUAUUAAUUUAUAGUGAUCAUGUAAAUUCUAAAAAAGGAUAUUUUACUGUUUUUAUACAAAGACGAAUAGUUAUAUGUAAUAUUUUAAUUGGAAGCAAGACUAUUUCACUUAGUUCUCGAUAUCCAAUCGAAUUAAAUAUAUGGCAUCGAUGUUCAAUCGAAAUCUAUGGUCAAAAAUUCACUCUAAUAGUCGAUCAAGAAUCACCUGUAGUUACAUAUGAAUUAUUUUCUACAAAUAUUCUAUGGCCUCGUUCAUUUACAUUUAUUGGUAAUUUACCAAUUCAAUAUCGUUCAUUUGACACAUUAUCAAAUUUCAUCAUAUUCGAAGGAUUUCGUGGUGCCAUACAAAAAAUUAUUCUUAAUAAUCAUCCAUUAAAUGAUAUUCGCCAAGAUGCUAUAGAAUUAUUUAAUAUAAGUGAAUAUCGUGGUUAUCCAUGUCAACCAAAUCCAUGUACAUUAAAUAAAAUUUGUCAACAAACAGAAUUAAAUAAUUAUACAUGUCAUACACGAUAUAAACAAUCUAAUGUUAAAGAUAUAUCAAUUGAAUUAGAUGGAAGACAAAAUCUUAUUUAUUCAUAUAUACCAUUAAAUUUAAAUAGAAAUUAUUUUAAAUUAUCAUUUAGAACAAAAACUUCUUAUGGUUUAAUUUUUUAUAUUGGUGAUACAACAAUAAAUGUUUUUUCUCAAUAUAUAUCAUUAACAAUUGUUAAUGGUUUUAUACAAUUUACAAUUAAAAUAGAUGAAAAUUCAACUGAAAUAUUUUUAAGAUCAAAAACACGUAUUGAUGAUGGUCAAUGGCAUCGAAUUGAAAUUGAAAGAUUUCGUCGUCGGAUAACAAUGAAACUCGACGAUAAUUAUCCUCGUCGUACUGUAUCAUUAAGUAAAAUAACUACAUUUCGUCCAAAUCCAACAUAUAUUUAUAUUGGUGGUUAUCAUCGUUUAUGUGGUCAUGAUGAACAACAUUGUCGAGCAUAUCGUGGAUGUUUAAAAAACUUUUUUAUUGAUAAACAUUUUAUUGAUUUAUUUAAUGAUGAAAUAAAUCAAUAUUAUCCAUUAAAACAAUGUUAA